AUUUGGAAGCCCGCGUCGCGAAGGACAAGCUGAUCGUCACACCAACGAGAAGAUGAUGGGAUUCACCAGAAAUUACCUCGUCAGCCUGUUCCUCUACAUCUCCAUUGUCAACGAGAUUCGCCAGCCCGCGGUGACGUGCGAGGACGAGGAAGGCAGCCAAUGCAUACCAAAGAAGAUCUUCCUAGCGUUGAUGCGUUUGCCGGAAGUCAACUCGAAUCUGGCGGCGUACUCGAGGACGGCGAGGAUUAUUCAGGAGGCGAAGAACCAUGACGACAUGGCUCAUCUGAAGGCUCUCAGUUCCGAGGAGAACGACGACGAGAUCUGUAUACCCGGCGGCGUUUACCUGGAGCUCUUCAGGGAUCCGGCGUUACGCGGACAUCUCAGCGUCAUGGCGCGUACUCAUAAGCCGCCCGCAUUUCCCGGACGUUUUCUCGACGACAGCGAGGAGGUCGAUUCGCGGGACCUGAUACCCGAAUCGGAAAAACGCGGUCUCGCUAUCCUGGCGAAGAACGGCGAUCUGCCGGCCACCACAAACGAGCGCGAGGACGACAGCGAUGACGAGGAGAAGAGAAGCGUCUCUUCAAGCGGCAAUGUGGACGAGCUGGUGCGCGAGUUGCUGGACGACGAGUACCGUCGACGAGCGCCCAGGAUUUACGACUACCUGGCCGAGCUGGACCCGGAAGUGGCCGAGUAUCCGUUAGACAAACGUAACGUCGGCUCCCUGGCGCGGGACUUCGCAUUACCUACGGGCAGACGUCACAUCGCCUCGGUGGCCCGCGAAUACGGUUUACCGAGCGGCAAGAGGAACAUCGGCUCCCUGGCUAGGCAGAGCAUUCUGCCUCAGGGCGGCAAGAGGAACGUCGCUUCUCUGGCGAGAGACUCCAUGCUGCCGCAGACCGGUAAGAGGAACCUUGCCGCGCUGGCCAGGGACUCCGCUCUGCCCUACGGCAAACGAUAUCUCGGCUCGCUGGCGCGAAACGGUGGCUAUCCGGUCCGCGGAUACGACGAGGGUAAGCGCAGCAUCGCUUCGUUGGCCAGAAACGCCGACUGGCCCGGUUACGCGAAGCGGGGCGGCAGCGCGGCAGGCAGAUUGAUCGUCCGGGUGCUCAACCGUCACGGGAGAUCCCUGAGCGACGACCGCGAGACGCACAACGAGCCCUUGGACCUCCAGCAGCUCAUCAGGCAAGGCAACGGGAACGACGCCAAGGCGAAUGUUGCCGGCAACUGGCUCACCCCCUUCAGCGUCUCGGAGGAUCUCGACGAGAGCAGGGCGAAGAACAGAUCGAACAGGAGGAUCGACGCCGCCGCGACCUCGCAAACGAGGCACAAACGACAGAUCGACUUUUCCGACGAGUACCCGCUGCCCGUCGUGCAGAACACCAACAUGUUCGAUUACGAGGACAUGCUCGAGGAAUUAGCCGAUCGUUAUCCGAACGCGGAGAAAAGGUUCAUGGGUUCCGCGCCGGAGGUGCCGGCCGAUUCGAGCUACCCUGAAGUAUUGCAACCGAGUAAGAGACAUAUCGGGGCCCUCGCACGCCUCGGCUGGCUCCCGUCGUUCCGUGCGCCACGAUUCUCUCGGUCGCCGCGAUAUCUGGUCGAAAGGGAGGAUUCCGCAGAUGGGUCCUCGUCCAACUACACCCCCAACGCGUCGGCUCGGUCGCUAAGACCGAUCAUCACCCCGAAAGCCCGCUACCUGCAGUCCCUCCACGGAGAUUGUCGACAUGGCUUCCAGAGGUACCUGUUACCGGACAUCGAUAACUUCCUGCGGACGUCGAACUCCCGCGUCGCGUCCCACUCCAUGUAAAAACCCUCGCUUCGCUGCUCGUCCCGGGGCGACGACGCGACGCCGUACAAAUUCCAUUACAUCGGACUCACGCGUUUUUACUCACCUUAACCGUAAGGGGAUUGAGGGGGAAAAACGGAUGUAAAUAUUUGGAUCUUGAGUCUGACGUCCUUCCUUACUGGCCACUGAUCAUCCCUUGUCAACGGUAGAUAUCUACGAAUAUAUAUAUAAUAUAUUAUAUAUCUCAAUCAUCAAUGAUUAAAUAAUGAUUUGUCAGGUAAUAAUCUAUCAGCUAAUAAUACUCAAUCAUCAAUGAUUAAAUAAUGAUCUCUCAAUUAAUAAUCUAUUCAGCGAAUAAUAAUAAUAUGAAAAAAAAUUGUUGAAAAAAGAAAUUGAGAUCAGAAAAUCGAAAUUAGGAACGAUGGAACGGAAGUGAGGAAGUCCGUCACGCAAUGUAAUCAGUCUACAGACUUAUUGAGAAGAAUUGAUCUUGGUCGCAAACAGGGCCGUGCGAAGGGGAAGGAGGGAGCGAAAGAGGCCCAGACCCCUGACAAUUUGGCGCCAAAAACUAUUCUAACAAUUAAACUUUUGUUUGACCGCAAAAGGAGGACCGCCAAGUUUAUCCUACGCCCCGAGCGCAGUUUUCUCUUCGCACGAUCCCUGAUCGAAAGAUCCGUCGAUGGACAAUAAGCUUACUGCUCGCCGACAAUAAUUCACGUAAUCCUAAUGUGACGCCUUAAAUGUGCCGUCUGUGUCGAACAGAUAUUUUAAACCCAUUAUACAAAAAAAGUAAAAAAAAAAUUGUACGUCUAAAAAGGUGAUAACUGCAAUUCGCAGAAACAGAUUUCUCUCUUAAAAAUAAUCCUAAUGUGACGCCUUAAAUGUGCCGUCUCUACUGAAUAUAUUUUAAACCGUUAUAUGGAAAGCGUGCGUCUAAUAAAAAGAGAUAUCAAUUCGCAGACAGAUUUCUCUUGCUUAAAACAAAUAAGAAAUAAAAAAAAUCUUUCCUCCGCAGUUAUACAAGUUUUUGGAUGUUCUGGAUGUUAUGUAAAAGGGCUUUUGUCAACGAUAGUCUCUAAAUUUACAAAUUUCUGUGAGCAUUCACGUUUCUCUUGAUAUUUGUACAUCUCGAUAUUCCUCCUAAUGUCGAUGUAUAGCAAACGUAUCUGCCGUGACUUUUGUAAUUCGUAUCUUCCGCAGCAAGGCGAGAAAUAUCCUUGAUCUCGACGGAAUAACAAUAAUAUGUAACAACGAUCGGUCGGCUCACGGUUCGGGAUUUGGCAUUGGUCUGCGCGAUCAUUAGCGAUCGCUUAAUAUCGAUAUCAUUGAUAAAUUACUUUCGGGCGGUUCAUCGAGCAAUAUACCUCGUGAUCCUUUCGUUUCUCGUCGUUCGCGACGAUAUGAACAAACGAGGAGGGAACGAGAGAACCAACUUGACCGUUAAUUUAACGAUAAAUCAUCGGGAGAUCGAAAUAUUUUAUUCCGCCGACGCUUUCCAUUUAAACGAGCGCAGUUGCGGCUGUACGUUGCUUUGAUGAUUGUUAUUUAGCUCGGGCUUCACCGAUAAAUCAUUGCGAGAUCGAAAUAUUUUGCACGCCGACGCUCUCGGCGAACCGUAAGAUCGUAAAAAAAAAGAGGAUAAAAAUUCGCGUGAGUUAAUUCGGCGACUGUUACUUAGCGAAAGCGUAAAUCGCCGUCGAAGUGUUCAAAAAGUGGUGCGUUGCUCGCAAAUAGAGUAGCUCGUAGUUGCGAAACACGAUACGACGUCGAUCACAUUAGAUAAUCGAGAAGACUUGUCGUUAUUCUCCAGAUAUUUCUCACCAUGUUACGAUCAAUACUUUCCUUGUCGUGUGAUUUUUAGGUACUUGUGAUGUUAAAAGCCAUAUGCAACGAAUAUAUAUUCAUAACAUUUGUUUGUUGCUUAAAAAACCAUAUUUGCUUGAAGCUAAGUAUGACUAUUAUUACGUUGGAAGAAUAACUUGUAAUUUUUUUUACAAUUUUUGAAUUUACGUGAAAAAGGAUUUAUUAAAGGAAAGGGAAAUAUCAAAUGUAUCUAUUAAUUUACAUACUUCUCUCUUUUAUCUCUUGUCUCUUUUAGAACCGGAUCAUAAAACUUAAAAUAUAUACUUAACUUGACGAUUUCCAUUUUUACAAAUAGCAUUAUUACACGAAUGUCCUUUUUAUGAUGAAUCCGAUUAAAAACGUUGCAAAACAAGAAACAAAGAAGGUGACAGACAUUUGUCAUGUAACUUAAAUGUAGAGCACCAUUUCGCGGUGCCAUCCUUGUUCCUCGUCUACGAAUGUUGUCUCAUUGUCAUUUUCGCUAUUUUCUUUUCAAAAUCCUAUAACCACGGCCGUGAGAAUCACGAUCGUUCGUACACACGCGUGCUAAAUCGACGAAGCCAAGGAAAUAAUCUCCGUGAGCGUAGUAACAUAUGUACGGUGUAAAUGCCAGAUUAGUGCUCAGAGCUUUUGCGAGCUCGAUGGCGAUAACGCGAAUUCAGUUUCAUCCUAGUCUCCAUUGUAUCUCAUUUAAAUAUUGUUAGAAACGUCGUUGUGUAACAUGUAUGGUAUUGCACGUAUACAAUCGAAAUACGCUCGAUGUCAUGGCAUCUCAUCGGUCUAUCAUUACUGUGGAUGACAUAUAAGUCUUUGUCGACUUCUCUUUAACUUUACGACUUAAAGUACUAUGUGUUUGUCUAGACAAUAAUGGUGGAUAACCGAAGUGACAAUAAAACGAUAAUAAUAUUGAAAUAAUAAA